GCUCGCUCGUGUUAUAGUCAUAGAACUCAUAGUCAACGUGAACUUUUGAAAAGAAACUACAUUUGUGGUUUGUUAAGUAAUGCCACUAGCACUGGUCAUGGUUGGAUUCUAAAUAGUCAGCUCUACUUAGGCGAAAACUGUCAUUCAAUUUCAGACCUCCUCAUCUUCUCUCUAACUGCGUCUUCUUUCUCUAUCCUGUCUCUGUAUUAGGGGCAAGGAUGGCUUCUAAUGUCAAAGUUUAUACCUUGGAAGAGGCGGCAAAGCACAAUAAUAAGAAGACCUGCUGGAUUAUAGUCUCUGGGAAAGUGUACGAUGUCACCCCAUUUCUGGAGGAUCAUCCUGGAGGUGGUGAAGUUUUGAUAUCAUCCACCGAGAGAGAUGCAACAGAUGAGUUUGAAUUUGUAGGCCACAGUGACUCUGCAAAGGAGAUGAUGAAAAAAUAUUACAUUGGUGAUUUUGACAAACCGGCUGUUCCAGUCAAACAAAACCACAAUCCACCUCCCCAACAAAACCAAUCUCCAGGAUUUACAAUUAAAAUCUUGCAAUUUCUGGUGCCCUUGUUGAUUUUAGGCCUAGCUUUUGGUCUGCAGUACUUUGGAAAAAAAGGGUAGUUUAACCUUUCAUCCACUAAACCAAAGUCUAUAGAACAAAUUAUCUUUUUGUACUUUCACGCUGCCCCCAUCCUGGCGUGGGUAGAAAAAAGAAGAAAGAAACCAGUCAUUUGAUAUGUUGUGGUAUGAAUAAGAAUAAAUAUGUAUUUAUGCAUGCUAGGAACAAUGUUUCAUGACUUAGAAUAGUUCAUUUUAAACUUCUCAAAAUAAUGAUAAUUAGUUUUCCCCCCUCGCAA